AUGUGGGCACCCACCUUAAUUGCAGCUUUGGUGACUCUCGGCUACACACGGGCGUCAGACAACAAGUUCCCAGAUGGUUUCUUGAUGGGGUGCGGAACGGCUUCCUACCAGGUAGAGGGAGCAUGGAACGAAGACGGAAAGGGCGAGAAUAUUUGGGAUCACAUGUUUCACGAGCAUCCGGAAUACGGAACAAACGGCGACAACGGGGAUGUGGCCUGCGAUUCUUACCACAAGUACAAGGAGGACGUGCAAAUGCUGAAGGCUCUGAACGUGGACGUGUACCGCUUCUCCAUCUCCUGGCCUCGCAUCUUGCCGACUGGAGAUGUGGACAUCAUCAACCAGCCGGGCAUCGACUACUACAACAAUCUCAUCAAUGAACUGCUCGACAAUGGUAUCCAGCCCAUGGUGACAAUGUACCACUGGGAUCUGCCACAAGCGCUGCAGUACAUUGGCGGAUGGACCAACGGCCUGAUGGCAGACUACUUCGUGGAAUACGCCAGGGUGCUGUUUGAAAACUUCGGCGACAGGGUGAAGUGGUGGAUCACUUUCAACGAGCCAGCUAUGGUCGUGCAGGGCUACGCGAGGAAGGAUCGGGCGCCCUCGCAGCCAGCGCCGGGCGUCGGCGACUACCUGGCGGCGCACACCCUGCUAAGGGCGCACGGGCGCGUCUACCGGCUGUACGACCAGCAGUACAGGGCCACGCAGAACGGUAGUGUUGGGAUUUCAUUGGAUGUCCAAGGAAGUGCCCCACUUACGAAUUCGACAGAAGACGUUGUGGCUGCCGACAGAUACCAGCAGUUUGAGGCAGGACACUUCGCUCAUCCCAUCUUCAGCCAAGAAGGUGACUAUCCGGCAGUAAUGCGCCAGAGAGUAGACGCCAACAGCAAGAGGGAGGGUCGACCACGUUCGAGGCUGCCAAUAUUUACGCAAGAGGAAGUGAAGUACAUCAGAGGAUCUGCUGACUUCUUCGGGUUGAACCACUACUGGACGGACUUCGUAACUGAUGAAGUGAACGCCACGUCGCCCUCAAAGGCUGGCGACACGGGCGCUACUGCCGUCAGAAAUGGCUUACACUCGUGGGGUUUUCGGAACAUACUGAACUGGAUUGUUAACGAGUAUCCCGGCUAUUCCAUCUUUGUGACGGAAAAUGGAGUUGAGACAUCCACUGGAUUAAACGAUAUAGGCAGGAUACAAUAUUAUAAGGAAUAUCUAACAGAGCUCCAGCAAGCAGUGAAUAUCGAGAAAGUACCAGUAAUUGGCUACAUUGCGUGGAGCCUAAUGGACAAUCUGGAAUGGACUGAAGGAUUCACGUGA